CAUUGCGAUGUCAUCCCAGGUUCCAUGAUCUUGCCAUAUCUGGAGAAAAAGGGGGACAUCAUCCUGGGUGGGCUCUUCUCCCUACACGAUACAGUGGUGGAGCCCAGCCUGACGUUCACCUCCAAGCCUCCACCCACGGAAUGCACCAGAUUUAACUUCCGAACAUUCCGCUGGAUGCAGACCAUGAUUUUUGCAAUCGAGGAGAUCAACAGGGAGGGAAAACUGCUUCCGAACAUCACUCUGGGUUAUAAACUCUACGACUCGUGCAGCAACCCCCACCAGGCUCUCAAGGCCGCCAUGGAGCUUCUGGGAAUCCAAAACGCCUCCGUGACCGAAGGAAAAGCAAAGAGAAGCAUCUGCAAGGGGGGCGUACCUGCCGUGAUCGGAGACGGGGGUUCCACCCAGUCUCUGGUCGUGGCCCGUUUCUUGGGGGUCUUCCACGUGUCGCAGGUCAGUUACUUUUCUAGCUGUGCUUGCCUGAGCGACAAAAAGGAGUUUCCUGCUUUUCUCAGGACCAUGCCCAGUGAUAUCUUCCAGGUGGAUGCAUUGAUCCAGCUGGUCAAACAUUUCGGGUGGACUUGGGUGGGUGUGAUCGCGGGUGACGAUGCGUACGGUCGAGAAGGUGCAAACAUUUUUGCUAACGAGGUUAGCAAACUAGGCGCAUGUGUGGCCCUCCAUGACAUCAUCCCCAAGAACCGAGCACCUGAGGUGAUCUCAUCCAUCAUUUCCAAUAUCCGCUCUUCCCGGGCCCGCGUGAUCUUGGUGUUCGCCGUGGAACAGGACGCAGCGGCGCUUUUUGAUGAAGCCCUCAGGGAAGGUCUGGACGGGAUCCAGUGGCUAGCAAGCGAGGCUUGGAGCACGGCGGCUGUCCUCUCCACUCCCAAGAAGUACUUUAGCAUCCUGCAGGGCUCCAUGGGGUUCGCCAUCCGUCGAGUCCAAAUCCCAGGACUUCAGGACUUCCUGCUCCGUCUGCAUCCAUCCAACCCCGACACUGUCAACGACCCGUUUCUGAUACCAUUUUGGGAAGAAGUUUUUCAAUGCAGUCUGAGCGAGGGAAGGGUUAAACCGCCGUGCACCGGAGCGGAAGAUCUGAGGACGGUGACGAAUAUCUACUCGGAUGUGUCCCAGCUGCGGAUCUCCUACAACGUCUAUAAAGCGGUGUAUGCGAUCGGGUAUGCAUUGAGGAGUGUGGGGGGCUGCGAGGAUGGCAAAGGUCCUUUUGCUCUUCAGACGUGUGCAAAUGCACAAAGCGUCCAACCGUGGCAGCUGCUUCACUAUUUAAAACAAGUGAAGUACUUCAAUUCCUUUGGGGAUGAGAUCACCUUUGACGAGAACGGCGAUCCGGCCGCCAUGUACGACCUGGUCAACUGGCAGCUGAGACCAAGUGGUGGGAUCGAGUUUGUCACCGUCGGCAAGUUUGACGAGACGGUCAAAGACGGACAACAGAAGCUUCGAAUCCAAAGCGAGGACAUCGUGUGGAACGGCAACAAGACCCAAGUCCCGCUAUCAGUAUGCAGUAACAUUUGUCCGCCCGGCACCCGCAAGGCCAGUCGACCUAACUUCCCUAUCUGCUGCCAUGAUUGCGUGGUGUGUACAGCAGGGGAGAUUAGCAAUCAGACCGACGCCAUAGAGUGCACGCGCUGCCUGCCCGAGUUCUGGUCCAACGACGAGAGGACCGCCUGCAUCCCCAAAGAGGUGGAGUUCCUCUCGUUCAGCGACACCAUGGGCAUCACGCUGAUGGCCAUAUCCCUCAUGGGUUCCUUCUGCACUUGCGUGGUGGUCUUCGUCUUCUCCUACCACAGGAGCACCCCGGUGGUUAGGGCCAACAACUCGGAGUUGAGCUUCCUUCUGCUCUUCUCAUUGACUUUGUGCUUCCUGUGCUCGCUCACUUUCAUCGGUCGGCCCUCAGAGUGGUCGUGCAUGCUGCGCCGCACGGCUUUCGGUAUCACCUUUGUGCUGUGCAUUUCUUGUAUUUUGGGAAAGACCAUCGUGGUGCUGAUGGCGUUCAAGGCCUCACAGCCCGGAAGUCGAGUCAUGAAGUGGUUUGGGCCCGUACGGCAAAAAGCCAUUAUUAGUCUUUGCACUCUGGUUCAGGUGCUAAUCUGCACAGUAUGGCUCAUCGUGGCUCCCCCCACCCCUCACCAGUUGAUUCCCCCCAAGAGCGCCGUUGUCCUUCUGCUUUGCGAUGUUGGCUCGCUCGUGGCUUUCAGUUUGGUCCUGGGCUACAUCGGCCUGCUAGCCUGCCUCUGCCUCGUUCUGGCCUUCCUGGCCCGGAAGCUUCCGGACAAUUUCAACGAGGCUCGCUUUAUCACUUUUAGCAUGCUCAUCUUCUGCGCCGUGUGGGUGGCCUUCGUGCCAGCCUACAUCAGCUCCCCGGGGAAGUACUCCACAGUCACGGAGGUGUUUGCCAUCCUGGCCUCCAGCUAUGGCCUGCUGGGCUGCAUCUUUGCACCAAAGUGUUACUUGAUUCUCUUUAAACCAGAAAAAAACACCAGGCAGCAUCUCAUGUCCAGAAUGGACAAGUUUUAA